GAGACAGCUUGUGCAACGAACGUGCUUGCUGCCAGCAUCCUCUUAUAGCUCCCUUCCUUCCCUUCCUCUCCUCCUCGCAAAAUAUGCUGCUGUUGAGUACUAUCGCAGCGAGUGCGCUUCUGAGCGUUCAGGCUCUGCCAUCGAGCUCCAAAGAGGCAUGGGCGCUCGAAAGACGCCAGAUGAGCGGGAACUCGACCCUCGUCUCUGACUUCAACCUCAUCUCACAAUACUGGGGUCAGAUCUCACCCUACCGCGACUUGGCAGAGAAUCACUUUGGCGUCAACAACACCGGCGUUCCGGCGGGAUGCGGCCUCGUGCAAGCUCACUCGCUCCAACGUCACGGUCAAAGAUACCCGACCGGCUCGCCCUGGGAUGGCAUCGGUGAUGCUGCUUUUGCUCAGACAGUCACGAAUUACACGGCCGCAAAUGGCACCAAUGGCUUCAGCGGACCACUCUCUUUUCUCAACCACUACAGCUACCAGCUCGGCUCCAGCUUGCUCACCUCGCCGGGUACCACGACCGAGUUCUACAAAGGCACCCUGUUCUGGAAUCGUUACGGCCGUUUGAUCUAUAACGCUACUGCUGGUCAGCCGCUCUACAAUGCCACUUUUGCCAAUGGCACGGCGAGACCUUUGCCCGUCAUCGGCACGACAUCUCAGUCUCGCAUUCUCAACAGCGCGCUUGACUGGGCCGCAGGCUUCUUUGGCACGAACGCGACGACUAAGUACACUCUCGUCGUUCAGCCUGAAGGCGGUACUGAGACGAAUCCGCUGGCGUCUUACGAUGGCUGCAACAACGACAACGUGGACUCCAUCGGCUACAUCGGCGACUCCCAGAUCUACCAGCUCAUCCCGCAGUACCUCAAAGAUGCCACGUCUCGUUUGCAGCCUUACAGUCCCAUCCCGCUGACGACGAACGAUACCUUUGCAAUGCAGUCUAUCGCUGCUUACGAGUAUGCUGCUCUUGGUUCGAGUGACUUUGGCGGUCUGUUCACGGAAGAGGAAUGGCAAGGCUUCGAGUACUGUCUCGAUCAGCUCUACUACUACGACUACUCCUUUGGCAACCCCACCGGCAGAGCUCAAGGCAUUGGUUACCUUUCGAUGCUAUACGCACGACUCAAUCACACGCUCAUCACUGCCUCUGAUGCUGCCAUGACCAUCGGCGUCAACACGACUUUUACGAAUUCGGAGUCUGUCUUCCCAACGAACCAGCCUAUCUACUUUGAUGCCAGUCACGACGAUAUCCUCUAUUCUGUCGUCACUGCGCUCGGCAUUGACUACUUUAAAGAGGAUCUGCCACUUUCUUUCCCGCCCAACCCUGACCGUCAUACGAUUCUGUCGCAACUGACGCCCUUUGGCACUGCACUCGUCACGGAAGUCUACACUUGCUCGUCUGCCUCGCCCGCGGAAGUGUCCUACUCCGAAACACACUAUACCCGCGAGCAGAACGGGUGGACAGAGACCAAUGCUACACACACUUUCGUUCGCAUGCGCUGGAACAAUGCUAUCUUGCCUCUUGCCACCAUGGACACCGGCGUCUGCUCAGAUCGUUCUGAUGGCUUCUGCUCGGUUAGAAAGUUCCUCUCGGCUCAAGCGAGCAAUGUUGCUAAGGCCAAUUACAAUUACACAUGCUUUGCAAACUACACUUUCCCUUCGAGCAACUUUACCGGCGACGGCACGAUUGGCAUCUGAUCUACGUCGAUCGCCUACAAAAGCCAAAAGGCAGCGCUUCCUUAAUCUUGUCCCCAAUGCAAUAGAGCUA